AUGGCCUCGGUCUCGUCCCCUCCCCACUCUCCACCUCACGGCUCACCAACCUCGCCUCACUCGCCGUACCAGCAACUCGCCGACGCAGACCACUGCUUCCCGCCGUCCUCUGCACAGCCGAUCCUCGGGUCGACGAGGUCGAGGAGCGGGUCGCGGACGUAUCGCGAGGUGCAGGAGGAGGAACGCAGGGAGCGCGAGUUGCAGAGGCAGAGGACGCGCAGUCGUGAACGAGCUGCGGCAGAAGACGCGCUCGAAGGGCGCAAGUCGAACGAGCAUGCACUCGAUCACGGCGCGGGCGAGAUGAGCAUGACCGAGUUGCGGGCGGAGAUGGAGACUCUCCUCUCACUGCGACGACGGUCGAUGAGCCAGCCCAUCGCCGUCGACCCAGACCUUCCGCCGACUCUCCCGCCAACUUCUGCUCCUCCGCCUUCCGCCAAACGACCGCAGCUCACUCUGACCAUCACGCCGCCUCACGAGUUUGGUCCUGGUGGCGCGCCUAUCUCGCCGACUGCGCCAGUGCCAGCCGAGACGGGCACGCUCGUACGGCGUCGCUCGUCAGCUGCCGGACGACUACCCUCCGAACAUCCUGUCCCUUCACCUCCGCCAGUCCCUUCUCCUCCUCUACACUUUCCUUCUCCUUUCCCUACCGCAACCACCUCGACCUCGACCGCACCUUCAUCCGACUCGUCCGCCUCACCCUCAGACACGCCCUACUCUUCCUCACAGGACCUCUUCUGGCUACCCGCAAGCCUGCAUCCCGAGCUCGCACCUCAAGAGUUUAAGGCCUUCAUCCGCGACCAGACGCGUCCCGAAGCACUCGCGCGACGGAGCUCGCUCAGCGCAGGGGGAAACCGAGUCAGUCGGCGAGCGAGUCUGUUAAGGGGCGAAUACAAGCCGAGGACGGACGAUGGGGUGGGCGAGAACGAGGGUGCGGGGGUGAAGCGGACUGCGAGCGAUGGAGGACGGAGGGAGAGGAGGAGCGUGCUGAACUUUGAGGAGUUGACGAUCAAGGACUUGCAGAGGUUGGAGGAGUUGGCGGCGAAAGCUGAGGCAGAAGGUACGACGACGGGCGAGGAGGAGGAAGGCGAGCGCCUCGGCCGCGUUCUGCGGCGAAGUCUCAGCUUGAACCCUCACCGCGUUGCCGCCGCCGCCGCAUCCGCCUCCGAGCUCGGCACAACUCUGCAGUCGACGCCGGAAGAGACGAGCGACCAGCUGUCCGACGAGGCGCCCAUCAUCGUUCCUCCGCCCGGCCAGAUCCUUCGCCGCAACGCCCGCACCAAGAUUCGCAAAGGCAGCAUCGGCAGCGAAGUAGGUCGCGGCGGAUCUCGCUUUGGGCCGCAACGGCGGUCUCGGUCCAGCACAGGCGACCUCCGGGCGUCAACCUCGUCGACGACACUCUCGACGGCGGAAGACGGAGAACUCCCCGCUGGCGACAUCAGCUUCGACGAAAGUGUCGAGAGCGAGGAGACGCGAGCGGGCGGGCCGGCGCGUCAGACGACACUUUCGUCGGCGGAAGACGAUGCUGCGACAGGCGCAUCGCCGCCCAGCUCCGAUAGCCAGCAUGUCCCGCGACACAUCGAGGUCGCGUCUCCCGCACCUUCGGAACCUCUCCGACAUGUCCUUGUCGACAAGCCGAUGGAGGACGAGCCGCUUGCGAUGCCAGAACCCGUCGCCGCUCAAUACGGCCCGGCGGUCCUCACACCUCCCGCCGUCUCCGACUCGUCCUCCUCCUCUCCUUCUACCAUCUCUCCCGCCUCUCCCGACUACGACUGGGCGACACACCACCUUCCGACUCCUGCACCUGCUCCUCCGCCGCCACCCGAGCCGCAGUACACCGUUCACCCGCAACAUUCUCUCCGCUCCGACAUCCCACCUCCGCAGGCCGUACCCGUCCCUCUGCCUAAACGCAGGGACAGCGUGUCUCCCCAGGGACCCCGACCCGAGUCGCCGAAGCCGAGUGUGAAGGAGAAGAAGAGCGGAUGGGCAAGGCUGGGUCUCGGCAGCUCGGAGGACAAGGCGAAGAAGAAGGGCAAGGGGAAAGAGGACGCGUCGGAGAAGACGAAGGAGUCGUCUGGCUUUCUCGGAGGCCUCUUCGGUCGCAAGCGAACGGAGGAGCACGAGCGUCCGCCUCCUCGCGCUCCCUCGCCUCCGCCCGAACCUCGCAUCCCGCCGCCUCCGCCCACCGCCUCGGGCGUCUUGCUGCCGAACGGCAAGUACGCCAACUUCUACCGCCUGCCGAUCCACGUCGAGCGCGCCGUCUACCGCCUCAGCCACAUCAAGCUUGCCAACCCGCGACGACCGCUUUACGAGCAGGUCCUCAUUUCGAACCUCAUGUUCUGGUACCUCGGCCUGAUCCAGAAGCCUGUCGCUCCUCCCCCCGCUGCGCCGCCUGUCCCGAUCCCCGGCAUGCGCAAGCAAAACCGAGACUCGAGCGCGUCGAUGGACUCGCAUUCGGCUCCGUCACCGCCAGCCGAAGCUUCGCAGCGACCGCCUCUGACGAAGGAGGCGCCGCACAAGCGCGUCGGGCUCAGCAAGCCGAAGCGUGCGGGUGCUGGAGGACGCACUGCCGAGACGCCGAUGCGAACGCCGAGCUACGAGGUGCAAAACCAGCAGCUUGUCGAGGAGCAGAACCAGCGAUACUUCCAGCAGCAGCCUUACUCUUCCUCUCCGCCAAAGACGCUCUUUGCGCCACCGCUCUCGUCGUCGGCAGCCGGCGAGCCGAAGCGCACGAACGAACGGACUUCGGCGCCGUCGGUCAUGUAUCCCUCGCCCGCGCAGAACACGCCCGGAGGAUACGGUUACAUCCCGGAAGACGACGACGACCGACCGCUCGCUCCUUCCGCACCGCCGCAACACCAGCAGCAGCCCUUCCGCGAGUCGUAUCCACCCCAGCGACCUGCACCUGUCCCGACGCACACUAAGAGCGGGUCCAGCUUCGAAGUCACCUCGCGCGCCGGCGGCUCGCCAAAACGCCUCUCCGGAGGUCCCGCCGACCCGCGCUUCCUUUCCUCCUCGCCCCCGUCGGCUCAGGCGACUGAUCGACGCCAAUCGACCCUCUCAGACAAGAGCUUCGAGGAGAUUUACGAUGCCUACGCUCCCGGCUCGCCUACAAGUCCGCAGGCGCCGACGAUCGAUCUGCCACCCUCGUUCGCCGCCUCGAUGGGCGCGCCUGUCCCACCAGAGAAGACGGGCGGCUUCCUCGGCUCAGUCGCGCCGCGUGGGUCGUCCCUCAAGGCCUUUGGCGAGGUCGGCGUAAGGCCUCGAUAG